AUGGAUGCCUCUGUUUUAUUUCAUCUGAUUGUUUUCUGUAUUUUGAUUAGUCAUAUCAGCUCAGAGUGUUUUCCAGGAUGCUCCUGUGGGACUGAUCGUCAUGGGAGGUCACUCACGUGUAUGGAAACAGCUCUAACCGGGAUUCCUGACGAUCUACCGGAAGAUUUGACAAAAAUCCGGAUUGAGAAAUCACAACUAAGCGAACUGCCGAAGGCCGCGUUUUCCCAUGUCAAUGCCCUAAAACAUCUCUGGUUGAACUUCAAUGACAUUGCCAUCAUAAACAUUAAAAGUCUGGAAGGUCUGGCUAACCUGACGGAGCUCAGGCUGCAGGGAAACAAGCUGCGUUCAGUACCGUGGACCGCGUUCGAGGAGACGCCAAACCUCAAGAUCCUGGACCUGAAACACAACCGCAUCGACGCCCUUCCCGAACACGCCCUCAAGUUUUUACCAGGCCUGACCUACUUAGACCUGUCCUCAAAUCAACUCUCAGUCAUAUCUAAAGACGUCUUUCUCAACUGGCCUCUUUAUCAUUCAGAAAACAAGCACGAAAAGCCUUCAGCAUCUAAUGUUGUUCUGGCGCUUCAUGACAACCCGUGGCUGUGCGACUGUCGGCUGGGAGGCUUCAUUGAGUUUAUUAAAUCGUUAACUCCGCCGUUUAUUCUUAUGAACUCUUAUUUGACGUGUUCUAGCCCUGAAUUGAAGGCAGGGAAGUUUUUUCAUGAGGUGAACUUGAAGACGUGUGUGAAGCCAGUGGUCAGUGCUCCGGUUAUCAACAUCACCGCGCCGUUGGGAGGUAACGUCACGCUGACGUGCUCUGUGUCGGCCAGACCUGAAGCGGUCAUUCGGUGGAUAUAUGCCCUUAAGAUGCUAAGAGGAUUUCGCGAAAUUCUGAGCCGUGUGGAUGAAGACACCAUCAGUUCUCAGCUGGUAAUUCCUUCACUCCAUUCAGCCGACCGAGGCCUCUACACCUGCAUUGCCAACAAUUUCCUAGGCAAUUCCUCUGUCAUCAUCUCAGUAGAUGUGAAGUCUCAAGAAGGCUCAUCAUCUCAUCCCUCAGGUCCUUCUGCUGCCAUCGGCGAGGAGAACGUUUAUAUCGACAUCCGUAUUGCCAAACAGACAGUUUAUGGCAUCACAAUUGAGUGGCGUGCUGUGACAGAAAAUCCAGCAGAAACCUGGUUCACCAUCCAUUUCGGCCGAUAUGAGGCGGUUAAGAAGGAGCAGAUUUACAUGGGGCCAGGUAUAAACACAUACUCGGUCACAGACCUGCUCCCUGCCACAAAAUAUGAAAUUUGCGUUACUCUUAAGAACCAGGCUCCUCGAAUCGGUCAGUGCAUUGUGUUUGUGACUGGCAGUGAUUUCAACGAGAUGGAACAGAGAGAGAAGCUCAUUCAUAUUGUGGUCAUUGUACUUGCCAUGGUGCUCGCUGUGCCUGCAGGAAUGUACGCCUGUACCACCGAUGCCAAGUUCAACUGUUUCGAGCGCUGCGCUGAGAUGUGGAGAAACAGAAGACACGCAGAGCUUUCAAACCCGGCUGGCGACAGGCAGGGUACAUUUGACAGUCUCCAGGCUGCCAGUGAUGAAGGUCUCUAUAAAGAAUCCAACAAAGACAAGAAAGCCAGAAGAAGGUCUGCGGAGAAGAUACACAAGACAAAGAAUGAACGAAGACCAACAGCUGAGCUUUACUGACACAAAAAGACAACUGUGGACUU